AUGACGCUGCCUAUCGACUCCCUAGACCCCGCCACCCUCACACCUCCCUCGGGAACGCUCUCUGUCUUCCUCAUUCACGCCCCCCACACGCCUCUCAAUCUCGAGCUCAACAGCUCCCAGGAAAUCCACUGCCUCUGCCGUCUCUUGCAGCCCUCUGCACACUCCCUCGCAAGCCUGGGCCUUGGGCUCAAGGAACCACUCGGGGGAAUCAAGCCUAUCAUUAAGGAGAAGCACCUGAUGAAUCCGGCCUUUCUCGAGGAGUUUCAGCAGCUGCAGCGGCUGAAGCUGGGUCGCGGGACCUGCGUGAAAUCGCUCUCGCCUCCUCCAGCCAUGUCCCCCCCUUCGCCCUCGAUUUCAAGUUCACUGCUCUGCUUUGAGAAGCAAGUGCUCCACCUCCGCUGCGCCCUGCCUGCCUCUUUGAAGUCCUUCUCGGCCACUGCGGCGUGUCUCAACGUGGAUUGCACUUCCCCCAGCCCUCCCUCUCUCGACUCGCUCUCUCUCAUUGGCUACUCGCAGCUCCUCGUUUCCUCGCUCCCAUUUAGCAUAGCGCCCACAGUGGAGACGCUUAAAACGAGGUACGGCUGGCCACUGGAGGGCGUGCGUGUGCAGUGGAGCCAGGGACGAGCAGGAAGGGUUCUGUGUGAUGAUAGCAGUGGUGGCAAUAGUGUGGCCAUGGGGUGGUGUGCACCGGUGGUGGUGCACAGCAGUCCCGUUACAAUGGGAUGGCGAUGGGUGCUAGCAGUGGGGGCGGCAACAGUGGGCAUAGUAUGUGGUGUACAGCUGGGGCAACUGAUGAUCAUGCUGGUGACUUUUGAGACCCUACAAAAGAUGCUACCAGUGGGGGUGGCAACGCAUCCUCGUGCCGCGCCAUCAUGUCGCGCUGCUACUGGCUCAAUAGAAUGUCGCCCAUUGCAGCGUCCGUCGCCGGCGGCAAACAUCAUCAAUAGACUGUCGCCUUCGCCUUUGCCAGCUACUUUAACUUUUGAGUCGACUCAAAAGCCUUUGCCAGCUAUUCUAACCCUGCGCUCUCCGCCGAUCUUUCGCCAUGAAGGAUUUCGGCGAUCCACACACACGCUGCUGUUCGCGUCGAAGCGCGAGAGCUUGUGGCGGAGCCGUAACAUGGCGGGAGAGGCGGUGGACGCGGUUCAAGAGCUGAAACUGGCCGCCGUGCUUGAUGCUCGAGACGAGCAGCGCCGGUGGGAGGAGGAGGAAGAGGAGGAGGAGGAAGAGGAGGAGGAGGAAAUGGGGGAAUUGGAAGAGAGCGAGGAGGAAGAGAUGGUUGGUUUGACCAGCCGCGCUGAUACCUCACCCCAGGCAGGGAGCGCGGGCGCGGGCGCGGGCGCGGGGAAGCGGUGGGUGUGCGGGCCGCGCGUGGAGGCGGUGAUGCGCAGCAAGGUAGCGCGGCUGGUGAAGCCGGACAUGCUGCUGGCCCUGCAGGAGCUGCAGCGCCAGCAGCAGUGGCGCCUGGCCGCGCGGGAGACGGCAUGGGCAGUAUCCAACGUGACAGCUGGCGACAGCUGGCACAAGGCAGCUGUGAUUGGUGGAGACGCCAUGGGGGGAGGAGCGGGGAUGGGAGGAGCAGGCAAAGCGUCGAGAAUGUACGAGCUGCUCGUGCAUAUGCUCCGCACGGCACCCUUCGACAUCAAGAGAGAAGUCGCCUUUGCUCUCGCGAAUCUCUGUGUGGAUCCUGCGGAGCAAGAGCCAAUAGGAGAGCGCCGCAUGGCGGUCCAGCAGUCGCGCGUGGCAGCACUAGUGGACGCGGGGUGCCUGCUGCCCUUCCUCUCCCUCAUCCGCUCAGCAGAUGCUGACGCUGUGCGGCUCGGCCUGCAGUUUACCGAAGUGGUCCUGCGUGUACUACCAGACAAAAGAGGCCCACGGCUGGUGGAGGAGGCGGACGGCAUCGAUGCGAUAGAAGCAGCUCAAUUUGUAGGCAAUGAGGAGCUACACUCCAUGUCAAGCUAUCUUGUCGACACAUACUUUGGGGAAGACUACGGACUGGAAGAGGGAGGGUAG